AUGCAGUCGAAAGAAGAGGACUAUAUCAACAACGAGUACUACGCUCUUAAUCUUCAAUUUUUAAGAUUAAUCGGUCUAUGGGAAUACCACUCAUCGUUGAAACAACAGAUUUACAUUUGUUCUAUAAAUAUUAUAAUACUCAUAGGAUUAAGUCAAUCGAUUUAUAUGUUUUUCACAUCAGAACCAAAAAUAAAUUUGCUCACCGAAUUAUUGGAAACUAUCCUGCCUACUCUAUGCUUCGGGUCUUGCUAUUGGAACCUAUUGUUGAAGGAUACAAUUAUGAAGAAUAUUAUGCGUCGUAUUAAUUGUGAUUGGAUGGAUUUUGCAGACAAGCCGGAGUUAAUAAUACUAAAAAAAUAUGCGAAUAUAAGCAGACAAUCUACUAUUAUAAUCGCAAUUAGUUUUUACAUCUAUAUUAUCUUAUUGAUAUUUCCAUCUUUAUUACGUAUCUUUCAAUAUGUUUUUGGUGUAAGAAGUGAAACUAAAUUAAUAUUACCAAUUCGUACUUACUAUUUUACAAAAAAUCAAUUGUUUUACUUUAUUACACUUCUGUAUGAAUACAUAGCUCUGUGCAUUACCUGUAUGAUAGGAGUAGCUAACUACUCAAUGUUCAUAGCAAUUAUACAGCAUGCCUGUGCACUGUUUAAUAUUAUCGAAUGGAGAGUAAAUGAGUAUUUAAAAAAAAUACCAGAUGACAACUACCGUCCAUUUACUUUUAAAGAGGAAAACGAGUGGAUAGUUGAUACAAUAGAAUUAUACAAUAAUGCACUUAAGUUGGUAUCUAAUUUUAUAAGGGUACAUUGCAAAUUUGUGUUAUAUGUUCAAAUUGCUAAUAUUAAUAUUACAAUAUUUCUUUUACUUUUCCAGUUUUGUUGAUUUAAUAAAAUUGUUUUAUGAGACAAUUUAUAUAUUCGAAGGAUUCUUCGCGUCAAUUUUAAUUAUUGUAGAUUAUAUUUACGUAAGUAACAUAUAUGUCGUAAAUUAAAAAUUUCAAAAAUAUCGUAUCAAGGUAUAAAACAUAGAAAUUUGUUUUUAGUUAUUUCAGAUACUUUGUUUUACCGUAAAUGCGAAUGAAGGAAUAAGAAAAUUUUGUUAUGUCCUUGGAUCUCUGCUCGUAAUAUAUGCUUACUUUUAUCUGGGACAGAAAUUAAUAGAUGAGCACGCUGAUUUAUUCAUUCAGUUGUAAGCAUUUAUAGUAUAUUCAAUUUCAAUUUUCUGAUCCAUUCUCUUAAAUAUUUAUGAAUAAUUAAUUUUUCUAGAUGUCAAAUCCCGUUUUAUUUGUUAUCAUUGAAAACGCAAAAAAUAUUGCUCCUACUGAUCACGAAAACCAUGAGUCCAUGCUAUCUUUCUAUAAAGGGACUAGUCGUAGUAUCUCACUAUACUUUUACGAAGGUAACAAAUUCUUUGCAAAUAUACAGAACAACGUUCUGCAGAUAUAGAUUCUGCAGCUGUACAAAUAACGAUUUUCGAAAAAUUUUAUAUCAAUACAAAUUUAAUUUUGCAGUUAAUGCAGUCGUCAUUUUCAUUUGCUAUGGUAUUUUAUAAGCUGCAAUGACUUUAACCGAUUAAAAAUGAUAUAUGAUCAUGCCUUACACUGCGUUAUAAAAAUACAGAAAUUUAUGCUUUUUUGUCUGCAAAUACUGAAUUGAUGCAAAUUCUUCGUUUAAGAGGAAAUUUUAUUUCCAUUACUUAGUAAUAUUCAUAAAUAAAAAAUCUUAGUGUAUCCUUUUUCAUUUUAUAUUUCCUACUAUAUAUUUGUUAUCAUAUAGUAUUUACUUAGAAUCCUUGAGUUUGCUAUUAGUUAGAAAAAUAUCUGUCGAAAAAGAAAAUCUGGCAAAAAGAAAAAUUCUGUUAUGCAAUCUUGUUAGGCAAUCUUGUCAUUUUAUUUCAAAUGUUUACUAAAUAAUAAUCCUGAUAUUGGUUACUUGCAUCUACACAAUAAUAGUAGAAGUAAUAAUUAAUGUAUACCUUAUAAUGAAUGUAAAACUCAAAAGAUAUUCUGUUCAAAACAGAACUUUAACAGAAUCUUUGUGAUGGCUGUUGUGUUAGAAAUCAUACAAAUCUAUACAUUCAAGGUAAUUUCCAUGAAGGAAUAAACAAUUGUACAUGAUAUUAACAUUGAAUAAUUAUACUUAUUCAUUUGUUAUAUUACAAAUGAUAAGAGUAGAAUGUAGCCGUAUUCUAUUUCAAAAUAGUAAUAUGUUAUCUUCAAAAGACAAAAGUGUAUAGCAAGAAAACAAAGUAAUUCACAUAACUUUUGUUGAAGAAGUAAAGUAUGGUAGAAUGUUAAAGGGAUAACGUUAGUUUGCUUAAUACUUGAAAAGAAACAUCUGUUUAAUUGUACAGGUAAUAAAGGUAGAAAAAUGGAAAACAUAAUAAUGAUUUUAGGUAAAAUAUCGUAGGUAAAGGAGAUUUAAAUAAUUUUUAUAAAACUUUUAAAUCAACAACAAUGCUUGUUUUUUAAGAUCACAAUAAAAGGGUCAAUUAGUGAAUAUUGACAAUUAAGUAUUUGCACGUAACAGUUGGGGAUGUUACUUUGCAAAAUAAACGUAUUUAAUAAGAAACAUUUUUAGAACUAUUUCAAUUUGUAAUAUUUCAAAUUAUCACAAUUGGAGGAUAGUUAAAAAUAAAAAAGAUUAAAAAUAUAAUUCAUAACAUUUCAUGGUCAAACGAUUUCUAUAUUCAUAGUAAAAACAAAAAGGAAAAUAUGUAUGAAAAAAAUAUAUGAGUUUUUUGUGAACAUAAAUAAAAGUAUUUUACGGGAAGAAAUAAACAAAUGUUGACACGUGAACAUUAAAUGAAAAUUUUUAUUAACAUAUAAUCCAAUAAAUAUUAAGGAAUAUUACUCACGUGUAAAAUACUUAUAUUCGGUAUUUCAGUAUUAGAUGUGUUAUCUUUGAGCGAUAAUAUUAAACUGCGAAAGAAUGAGAAGGUAAGAAAAAGUCAGAUCAUAACGCGCAUGUCCUUUGUGGUGGGGACAAAAUAUCCUGUUAUGUAAAAUGCAGCAUCAAAUUACUUAAUAGUUGGGAACUUACAUCUGUUUUACGCAUACAAUUGUCGACAAUAGAUCAAUAGACAAAGAAAACAGAUUUUAUAUGAAGAAUCGCUAUAAAAAAAAAUGCUUUUUAUCGGUUCGAUACAACUUCCAAACGUUCUUCCUAACAUUGAAUUAUUAACAUGUUACCAGAAGGGACAAUUAGAAUACUUAAUCAAGUAACGAAGGUGGGUUCGAAGUCGAUCGAAGUUAGUUAGUCACCACAGACGGCAGUAUGCAUUCGAAAGAAGAGGACUAUAUCAACAACGAGUACUACGCUCGUAAUCUUCAAUUUUUAAGAUUGAUCGGUCUAUGUGAAUACCAGACAUCGUUGAAGCAAAUAAUUUAUGUUCAUUUUAUAAAGAUCAUAUUAGCCAUCGCAUUAUUUCCGCAGGUAAUCAUAAUUCUUAUUAAUGAUUAAAUAUUUCAUAUAAUUAUUGACGAAAAUAUGAUAUCUCAAGAAUUUUAUUGACUAUUUAGAUUUAUAUGCUUUUCACGUCAGAAUCAAACAUAAAUGUGAUCACCAAAUCAUUGGAAACAACUCUGCCUACUUUAUGCUUCGGAUCUUGCUAUUGCAACCUAUUGUCGAAAACUACAAUUGUAUUAAUAUAAUUGUUACAAAUACAUUUUACAAUUAUAAAUUAUAUACACGUGUGUUAGAAUAGAUAAUUUGUCGUACAACUUUCAGAUUAAGAAAAUUUUGCAUCAUAUCAAACGUGAUUGGGUAGAUUUUGCAGAUAAGCCGGAGAUAAUGAUACUAAAAAAAUAUGCGAAUAUAAGCAGACAAUCUACUAUUAUAAUCGCAAGUGAGAAAAUAAAAUAUAUUAUAAUUGUAUUACAAAUUAAUUAAGCUACAAUUACUAAAACUAUAUUAUUGCCUUUACUCUUUCAGUCAGUUUUUACAUGUAUAUCGUUUUACUGAUGUUUCCAUCCUUGUUAUGUAUCUUUCAAUACAUUUUUGGUGUAAUAAAUGAAACUGAAUUAAUAUUACCAGUUCGUGCUGAAUAUUUUAUGAAAAAUCAAUUGUUUUACUUUAUUGCACUUUUGUACGAAUACAUAGGCAUGUGCAUUGUCUGUAUGAUAGGAGUAGCUAACUACUCAAUGUUCAUAGCAAUUAUACAGCAUGCCUGUGCCCUGUUUAAUAUCAUCCAGUAAGAAAUCAAUAAUAAUAAUACAUUUUACUAUACAAAACAAUAAUUUCUAAUAUAGAAUCUUUUGGGAAUACUUAACUUGCAGAAUUGUUAAUUGUUACAGAUGGAGAGUAAAUGAGUAUUUUAAAAAACAACCAUGUAACAACUAUCGUCCGUUUACUCUUAAAGAGGAAAACAAGUGGAUAGUUGAUACAAUAGAAUUAUACAAUAAUGCACUUAAGUUGGUAUCUAAUUUUAUAAGGGUACAUUGCAAAUUUGUAUUAUAUGUUCAAAUUGCUAAUAUUAAUAUUACAAUAUUUCUUUUACUCCUCCAGUUUUGUUGAUUUAAUAAAAUUGUUUUAUGAGACAAUUUAUAUAUUCGAAGGAUUCUUCGCGUCGAUUUUAAUUAUGGUAGAUUAUUUCUAUGUAAGUAAUAAAUUUAUAGAAAAUUAAAAUUUGUAAAUAUCGCGUAUCAGGAUACAGGAUAUAGAAAUUUGUUUUUAGUUAUUUCAGAUAUUUUGUUUUACCCUAAAUGCGAAUGAAGGAUUAACAAAAUUCUGUUACAUCAUUGGAUCUCUGCUCGUAAUAUAUGCUUACUUUUAUCUGGGACAGAAAUUAAUAGAUGAGCACGCUGAUUUAUUCAUUCAUUUGUAAGUAUUUAUAGUAUAUUCAAUUUUCUAAUCCAUUUUCUUAGAUAUUUAUGAGUAAUUAAUUUUCCUAGAUGUCAAAUUCCCUUUUAUUUAUUAUCAUUGAAAACGCAAAAAAUAUUACUUCUAUUGAUAAUGAAAACCACGAGACCAUGUUAUCUUUCUGUAAGAGGACUGGUCGUAGUAUCACACUAUACUUUUGCCAAGGUAACAUCUUUUUUUCUGUAUAGAAUAAAUGAUAUUUGAAAAACUUUAUAUCAAGAGAGAUUUAGUUUUACAGUUAAUGCAGAAAUCAUUUUCAUUUGCUAUGGUAUUUUUUAACUUGCAAUGACUGAUUAAAAAUGAUAUAUGAUCAUACCUUACACUGUGUUAUAAAAAUAUAGAAAUUCUUGUUUUUUUGUCUGCAAAUACUGAAUUGAUGCAAGUUCUUCGUUUAAGAGGAAAUUUUAUUUUCCAUUAUUUAGUAAUAUUCAUAAAUAAAAAAUCUUAGUGUAUUCUUUUUCGUUAUAUACAUCCAUGUUUACAUUUGUUGUUAUAUAACAUUUUCUUGCAAUGAUGGGGUUUGUUAUUACUUAGAAAAAUAUCUGUUAAAAAAGAAAAAUUCUGCUAUAGGCAAUCUUGUGAUUUUAUUUCAAAUGUUUAAGUUAUAAUUCUGAUAUAAGUCAUGUAUGUGUACACAAUAAUAGUACAAAUAGUAAUAAAACAAAAUUAUACUGAAUCUACACUUGAAAAGAUAUUCUUUUGAAAACAGAACUUGAACAGAAUCCUCCUGAUGGCUGUUGUCUUAGAAAUCACACAAAUCUAUACAUUCAAGGUAAUUUCCAUGAAGGAAUAAACAAUUGUACAUGAUAUUAACAUUGAAUAAUUAUACUUAUUCAUUUGUUACAUUACAAAUGAUAAGAAUAGAAUGUAGCCGUAUUCUAUUUCAAAAUAGUAAUAUGUUAUCUUCAAAAGACAAAAGUGUAUAGCAAGAAAACAAAGUAAUUCAUAUAACUUUUGUUGAAGAAGUAAAAUAUGGUAGAAUGUUAAAGGGACAACGUUAGUUUGUUUAAUACUUGAAAAGAAACAUCUGUUUAAUUGUACAGAUAAUAAAGGUGGAAAAAUGGAAAACAUAAUAAUGAUUUUAGGUAAAAUAUCGUAGGUAAAGGAGAUUUAAAUAAUUUUCAUAAAACUUUUACAUUGACAUGAAUACUUAUUUUUACGAAUAGAAUAAUGCUUACGUGUUAAGCACUAACAUGCUCUAUAAACGUAGUUAUACGUUAUCUUCAAGAGACAAAAGUAAACUGCUCAGAGAACAAAACAGUAAGAAGGAGAGAGUUCAUAAUGCG